GGGAAAGAGGGCGGGGGAGGCACGUGGCGGACCGAAUGCCGGCUUUCGGAGAAUUGUCGGAGGCGCGUCUGUGCAUCUGCUCGUCCUCCGAGUCCUCCAUCGCUUUAAAGCGGCCAGCCAUGGCCCCUUCUGCACAUCCUGCGCCGUCUUGCUCUCAGCGUGCGCACCCCUCUCGCUCACCCUCCCCCUCUGUUUUGACCACACGCAAUGCCGCCGUCCGACUUUGCACAGGUGGACGUCCAGGACGUCGUCGACCAGCUCACCACAGACGAGGCCAUCCUCCUCACCGCUGGCGUCGGCUUCUGGCACACCUAUGCCGUCCCCAGGCUCUCCAUCCCCGCUAUCAAGACGAGUGAUGGCCCGAACGGCAUUCGAGGCAACCACUUCUUCAUGGGCACCCCCGCAAAGUGCUUGCCCUCCGCCACAGGCCUGGCCGCUACCUUUGACACCGAACUCAUGCACGAGGUCGGCCUGAAGCUCCUCGCACAAGAGGCCAAGCUCAAGGCCGCUUCCGUGUGGCUCGGCCCCACCUGCAACACCCAGCGCAACCCCCUCGGCGGCCGCUCCUUCGAGUCCUUCUCCGAAGACCCCCACCUCUCAGGCACCAUUGCCGCCGCGUACAUCAACGGCGUCCAAGAGGGCGGCAUCGCUGCUUGCAUCAAGCACUUUGCCACCAACGACAAGGAGAACGACCGUAUGGCGUACGACUCCAUCGUCAGCGAGCGUGCCCUCAGGGAGAUUUACAUGAUGCCCUUCAUGAUCGCUGAGAAGCACGCGAAGCCCUGGUGCUACAUGACUGCGUACUACAACCGCGUCAAUGGCACGCACCUCUCGGAGAAUCCCAAGAUCAUCCGCGACAUUCUGCGCGCGGAAUGGGCAGCGACGCCCUGGUUUGGUGUGUAUUCCAUAGACCAUGCGAUCAACGCCGGGCUCGACCUCGAGAUGCCGGGCACGAACAAGUGGCGCACCCUUGAUCUCAUGAACCGCUCGUGCGUGCGCGCUCCAUACUUACGCACUAGCUAUUUCGGGCUGACCGCACAUGUGCCCGAUAUCCUCGACGGCGAUGGUCUGGAGCACACGCUCGACACGCCCGAGGAGAAGGCGCUCAUGCGCCGGCUCGCCGCAGAGUCGAUCGUCCUCCUCAAGAACGAGGGAACGUCCUCCCGCUCAAGCCCAGGGUACGAGCAAGGCCUGAAGAAAAUCGCGAUCCGGGGCGGCUCCGCAGCGCUGAAGCCAUCCUACUUCACGAACCCGCACGACGGGCUCGUCGCGGCGCUCAAGGCGCUCGACCCCGGCGUAGAGAUCACGUACUGCGAGGGCGCGCGCGCGACGAUGCUCACGCCGUCGCUCGACUAUGACAUGUUCACAAAGGACGGGCGGCGCGGUUGGGUGGGCGAGUGGUACGCGCAUGAGAACGACGAGAGUAUGACGCCCGUGGGCGCUCCGAUCAAGGAGCAGUACAUUGACGAGACGAGGAUGUUCUUUAGCACAUCGUACCCUGCCGAGCUCACGAAGCGAUGGACGCUCAAGGUCAAGGGCCAGCUGAAGCCGAAGGAGAAGGACUGUCUCUUCGAGUUUGGGUUGACAUCCGCCGGACGGGCGAAGCUCUUCGUCGACGGCAAGCUCGUCGUGGACAACUGGACGAAGCAGACGCGCGGCGACGCCUUCUUCGGCUCAGGCUCCGCAGAAGAGAAGGGCACUGUGCAGCUCAAAGCGGGCACCAAGCACGACAUCCUCGUUGAGUUCUGCAACGUGCGCGCGCCCGCGCCGAACGACCCCGACGAGGCGGUCAUGGACUCGAACCCGGGCGUGCGGCUCGGUGGCCAGGAAGUCGUGGACCCCGACGUGCUCAUGGCCGAGGCCGUGCGGCUUGCGAGCGAGGCGGAUGCCGUCAUCGCCGUCGUCGGGCUCAACGCAGAUUGGGAGACGGAGGGCUACGACCGCACGACGCUCGCGCUCCCGCCGCGCACGGAUGAGCUCGUGGCGAAGGUGGCCGCAGCGAACAAGCGGACGGUCGUCGUGACGCAGAGCGGGUCGAGCAUCACGAUGCCGUGGGCGGACGAGGUCCCGGCGAUCGUGCAUGCGUGGUACCUGGGCAACGCGACGGGCGAGGCGAUCGGGGAUGUCGUGGCGGGGAAGGUGAAUCCGAGUGGGCGGAUGACGCUCACGUUCGCGAAGCGGCUGGAGGACUAUGGCAGCCACGGGCACUUCCACUCGGAGAACGGCAAGGUUCGGUAUGCGGAGGACCUCUUCGUGGGUUACAAACACUUCCACCACCGCAAGUUUGCUCCGCAGUGGUACUUCGGCCACGGUCUCUCCUACACGACGUUCAGCUACUCCGCCCUGUCGCUCUCAAAGCCCACCGUCUCGAACGGCGACUUCCAGCUCACCGCCAAGGUCACCAUCAAGAACACGGGCGCCGUCUCCGGCUCCGACGUCGUCCAGCUCUACAUCACUCUGCCGAGUACAUCAGAACUCACGCACGCGCCGGUGAUGCUCAAGGCGUUCAAGAAGGUGAAGGACCUCGCGCCGGGCAAGAGCGAAACCGUGACACUCGCGCUGGACAAGUACGCGGUGUCGUACUGGGAGGAGCGCAUCGCGCGCUGGGUCGUCGAGGACGGCGAGUACGCCGUGCGCGUCGGGAGGAGCAGCGCGCCGGAAGCCUUGACGCUCGCAGCGACGUUCAGGAUAGAGAAGGGCUUUGAGUGGGUCGGGCUCUAGAUCAACAUUGAGCUAAGUCAGAAGGUAGAUGUAAAUGAGAUGUAAAGUGUAUGAUUAUUGGUCGAUACCCCUUGUCCGUGGAGAGCGCGAACGGAGAAGGCCAUGUACCCUUAUGCACGGGAUUUGAAGCGGUUCGCUGUCAUGCCCAUGCAAGAUCAUUCUUGAAGCUUGAAUUGCACACUGACUAUGCCCGAUGGAGCACAUCCCAGCUUCGGGGUUCAGCAUCGCACUACGCUCCUACUGUCAGUUGUCUAGAAUAUAUGCA